GCUUUAUCAAAACAUACAAUCUCAAUCAUCGCAUACCAUCUCAAUCCCUAGCCAUCAUUUCGACCAUUCGAACUUCGAAGAAUUCAUACAAUAUCUUCUUUCCAUAUUCCCAUCUUCAUCACCAACUUCCAUCACGAUGUCUUCACAACCACGUCUCCAUCUCCUCAAAUUACCCACCGAAGCACGCGAUCAAAUCUUCAACUACGUUUUCCUCGAGCACCCAGAAUGGAGCAUCAAAGUUUGCACCAGUAAUCUCGGAUUCACAUCCGCGUAUUACCUCGACACCAAGGCCAAAAAGAUAAUUCCCCGCUUCGAAGCCCAACCUCAAUUUCAAGUGCUGCGUACCUGCACACAAAUCUAUCAAGAAUACAGACAAGUAAUUUGGAAAAACCGAAGCUUCGGGUGGAAUUGUGGUUUAGAGUUCGCACAGGUGUGUAGGAUGUCACGACGGGGCCUUUUGGCCAACUCCCUCGAUAACAUAACGAGCCUGGAGCUUUUCGUCAACUGGAGGGGAAGCAAAUCAUACCUUGCAAGUUGCUCUCGGGAAUGGGCAAAAAGUCAAUAUGACGCGGACGCUUUUGGACGCUAUGCAAUGACAUGGAAAGCUUUGAAACAAGUAAAGCUGCAUCUUUUUGAUGGCCGUGAGAACGCUCAAAAUAGUCGGUUUGUGUAUGGUAUUGGUUCCAGUAGACGAGGUUUCUUGUUGCCCGGUGAAGAAUUAGAUCUCGCGUAUUGUAGCAUAGGGUUUACAUCAGUCCUGAGAUCAUUAGACGCAGCUGUUAACAAAAUUGCGUUUCCUCGUAAGAUCAAACGAGCAGACGGUCGAUGGGAGAAGCUCACGCAGAUACUGGAAUUGGGCGUGAAGUGGAACGACUAUUCCGAUAAAUACCACGAGGAAAACUGGGCUACACUCACCGCCAUCUUGAGAGUUUGCAAUGAAACUUUUGGAGGUGGAGAGUUAUGGAUUGAUGGCAUUUUGUGCUGGAAAGAUGAUGUUGAGCAAGAAUGUAUGAGGUCAAUCGAGGACCUGCGAUUUUUUCAACGAAUGCAGAUUCGUGCUUGAUUCGAAGGUUCGAAAUUCCACGGACAGUCAGCCCAAUAAUGCAUGUCUUUAUCUUUCCAAUAUCACUUCUUCAGUCAGACAGCGACCAGAACGCUCUCACGUUUUUCAUUGCCAAUUGCUCAUUGGAGGUCUCUCGAGUCAGGUUCCGAGCCCAAUGCAAAUAUCAAAACCCCACUACGAAGAACGUACAAGAAAUUCGAUCCAAGGAGAAAAAAAGCGUGCAAAACAGAAAUACCGCUGGAACGGGUUAAAGAUGGAAUUAAGGGCUACAUAUCAAGUCAAGCAAUGAGAAAGUAUCUAAAUACUUUCAUCUUAGAUUCAUGACUUGCUAGGAGUUAGAGGACAGGUGCAUCAGGCCUAUAAGUGUAGUUUACCCAUAAUGAAGAGUUCCAUAUAAACACAAAUUCUUCUCCAUGAUGACAAAUAACUAAUCUACUUAACCA